AUUUCGUUAAAAAAUAGAUGUAAGAAAAAAACACUGUCGCAACAAGGAGGCGAAAUCAGUGACGGAUAAAAUUCAAUAUACAAGAUUCUCUUACUUUCCCUGUCGAAUAAAAAAAAUGAAUAUUUGUUCAUAUUAUUUUAUUUUGUUUUACUUCUUUUCAUCCCCCUUGGUCUCAGAUGCCUAUGGUUACAGGUUAAGAGUAGAUUUAAUUAACAAUGGUCCAGCUGUUCUGGAUGCUAAUAUAACCUUCACAGUAAAGUUGUCCAACCCUUCUGGUGUUGUUCCGUCUGGUCCUUUCUAUUGUAUAUUUUAUGAUGAACUUGGACAGUCAUUUACUACAGAAACCUUGAAUGCUGUAAUAUUCAACUUUACAACCAGCUACCCAAGUUCGCAAUACAAAAAAGGAUAUUACAGAAUGGAUGUUACUGUUUAUAAAACAGAGUUUAUAUUUCCCAUGCCUCAAGGAUCAGCUACUACCAAAUUUGAUCUUACUGAAACAUUGAAUGGACAUAUAGCUGCCAUCCAGAAAAACUCUUCUCAGCAUGUGUCACCCCACUUUGUUUCAACAGGGGAAGAAACACAACUUGUGGUUAAAUUUCAUGACCCUGAAGACUUCCUCAGUCAAGCCCAAGAUCUAGUAUUUUACUGGUUUGUGAAUGAUGUCAAUUAUGGUACUACGAAAACACCAGUUUUAAAGUUCAACUUCACAGAAGUUAAAAAUCAUACUGUUAUGGUUGAUGUGUAUGCCACAUUUGCUGUCCCAACAACAACUAGCACGACAACGACUACUACCACUACAACGACGACAACAACAACCACAACAACAACGACGACGACGACUCCACCAUCAACUACAACAUCGACAUCGGUUCCAACUACCUUGUCUACAGUGACACCCGAAACUUCAUCGUCGACAACUCCAUCAAGAAACGUUUCUCUCGCUCGGAGCAAACGUAGAUCCGGCUAUAUUCAUUAUCAGCGUUUCAUCGGCUACAAAGUUGCUCUAUUUACGUUGGAACUGCAAGCUCGAGAUCCUGUCAGCAAUGUCUCAAUUCACGGAAAUAACUGGCUGAAACACGGGGACAUCAUGAACAUGAACAUAACAUGUAAUGGAUCAGCUCCGUUUUACUACUGUUGGGCGUUUGACGGGUUUAUGAAUGAAACAACUAAUGCCAGCUGUGAACUGCCAAUCAAAACCAACAACUGCGAAGUGCAAUUGUUGCACUACUUUAGUAGUCCAGGCCAAUACAUCCUUCCCGUCGUUUUGUAUAAUCAAGUCUUUUACCAAGUGAUUCCGCUUAAAGUCAACAUUUAUGAAGCUGACCGUAAAGCGCAACUUUCACUAGUGGUGGUUCCAAUCGCAUCGGCCUGUGUCGCCAUCGUCAGCAUUGCGUUUGGUAUUGGACUUUACUUUUACACCCGCCGCAAUUUGAGGAUAGAAGUGGCCGAUUUUGAUUUCGAAGAGGAAGACGUUGGGAAUCCCGAGUCAUUUUACGGUCGACUCCGAUCUUCCAUACUUCAAUACUGGUCAAGUCUGAAGAGUCAAGCUCCCGCUGCCAAUACGAAUUACCAGAACAUAACCUUCGACUAAGUUCGCAAGUCGUCUUUUUUCCUUUUUUCUUUCUUUAAAAAUAAGCGAACGUCAAUUCCUCUUCCGCCUCUAUUGUCCCACUUUAAUCUCGUCAUUCCCUUCGAUCGUUUCCGCCUCGCCAUUUUUAUGUUGUUGCCAAUUAUUUUCGCCAUCGCAAUGUUGCAGUAGAUAUUUUUGGGGGGUUUCUCGUCACUUCGCCAGGCCCCGGCGCAAUCCAAACAUCAACUUACAUCUUUCUUAUAUUAUUAUUAUUAUUAUUAAAAGCCUGUGAUAAUGGCAUCAGAAUCUAAUUGGUCCUUCUAUCUGUCGUCCCCCCCCCCCCCACAACCCUCGUCACAUAAAAAAAAAAUAAGAAAUCUACAAUCCCACAAAGAAUAAAACGUAAAAUGCAAA